CCAAUGGUGCAGAAUCCACUGUCCUUUACAAUACAACCAUCAAAUCAAAGUCAUCAGGAGUAUCGCUGGCAAUGCAAAGACAGAAUCCACUGUCUUCGUGUGCUCCAAGGAAGUAUUAUCAGUAUUCAUUCAAGAACAUUUCUCCUCGCACGGCAUGACCAAUGGUUCAGAAUCCACUGUCCUUUACAAUACAACCAUCAAAUCGAAGUCAUCAGGAGUAUCGUUGGCAAUGCAAAGACAGAAUCCACUGUCUUCGUGUGCUCCAAGGAGUAAACCAGAAGAAAAUUCAGCAUGGAAUCAUUAUUUGAGCGCCUUAGAAAAAUUGUCUCAUGCUUCCGACAGAGAAAUUAGAGCUCAUGCCAAAAGGAGAAAAGAAGAAGCCAUGUCAUUGAAGUUGCGUAAGGGACAACUUGAGGAUUUCUGGUUAAGUGUUGAAAUCGAGAACGCCCAGGCUUCUUUUGAAGUGGGCAUGCGCUGUAUUCAGCUAAAGAACCAAGUUGUUGAUGCCGAAAGACAUCGUCGUCAAUUUAAAAGGUCCUCGAAAUGUAGUUCAAUUAGUGCAAGAGACGAACAGACUACACCCUCAACAUCUGAAUAUAUUCCGACUGAUGAAUCAGAUGAUGAUGUUAUAGUACAAAAGCGUAAAAAAGAUGAUGAUGCUAAUGAAAAGGAAGAUAUAGUCCCUGCUAAUGAAGAUGCGGAUAAGAGUAAACUAUAUGAAGAACUGGCUAACGAUGUGGUAGACAUUAUAUCAGAAAGAUUGGAAGAUAUUUGGAGAACUGUAAUGAAGCGUUUAGAAGAUAAAAAGAUUAGAGUACAGUCAAUUGAAUCUCGUAUUAUAGAUCUCACCAAUUGGACAAAUCUGGAGUGGUCCAGGAUAUUGAAGCAUGAAGACAAAAUUGCAUUAAUGAAAUCGUUUAAUAAAAAAUUGGAAAAGGAAAGAAUAGACCAGAAAGUUUUGGAUUUUAUCGAUAAUCCAUCAAAUAGUUUGAGGAAUUUAAACGAUCUACAAGAGUGGAAAACUAAAAUUUCAACUAUUGGUUCCGAAGAUGCUAUAUUGGCAUCUGAAAUAAUUUCAUUCUUUCAUAAAUGCUGUCGCCGUGAGAUCAAUAUUUUAACAGUUCCGCUCAGGGAACGCGAUUAUACAUUAGCGAUCUUAGGUCCAUUACUUGGAGAUUUAUUGCAAGAAUUUAAUAUUGGACAAUUCGAAUUAUUUUGGAUUGAAAAAAUAUGUAAUGCGACCAAUUCCCGAAAACGAAAAAGUCUUAACGCUGAAUAUAUAGAAUUAAACAGGGAUAACACUAAACUAGACAUGUCUUUGGAGUUUCGAAACUUUAAGAUUGAAAUUAUGACAGUGGAAGUCGGAAACACCGAGAUGAAGAAAGAUGAAUUGAAGUUACAAUCCGAUCAUACCGCCAUAAAAAUUGAACUAAAAGAUAUGAUAGAUGAUUUUUAUAAUAAACUUCAUUUUAAUAAAAAAGAUUUAGCGGACAUCUAUACUAUUGGAAUUCAAGUCACCGGUCAUCACUGGUCUAUUUAUUCUUUAUCGUAUGAUCAUGAUUUAAAUUUUUAUUUUUUUACGGAAUUGGCAACAUUGGAUGUACCAAAGUCUCCCACAACAAUGAGAGGCCUCUUACCAACGUUUAUUAAGACUUUACUUGGACUUCGACAUACAUUGCUGACACUUAACGAUAAAAUUUUAAGCAUCACAAGUGCACGUAGAGAACGUAAAUCAACGCCCUCUCCACCCUCAUCACCACCACAUGAAACUUCCGAAACUCCUAAGUUGUAUUAG